AUGGUUAUGAAGCAACGUUUGAAACUUGAUCCGAAAUUGUUUUUAGCUAAAAUAAAAGGAAAUCGUAAGAAAACUUUUAGUAUGGUGGAGAAACUAGCGGAACACUCCGUUUUAUUCAAACAAUAUGCCAAAGAAUUUUCCAAUACGGCAAAAAAUCUUAUCUCUGCUAUGAAAUCUACAGAUGAUCAUACAGUUUAUCUAAAUUCUAUAAUGGAAACAGAACUCAUUAUUUUCUCGUUGAAUGUCAUGUUAAAAUCAUCAGGAGCUCGUCAUAUUUUAGUUGAAAAGGAAUUGUUUGCCUCAUUGAAUGAAUUAGAUCAAUCACUUAACAGUAUUUCACCUCCAUUUAAUGAUACAACUUUGAGAACGCUGUCAAUCCAGCACCAAAAUCGAGAUCAGCAUAAUUCGAGUGAACAGGAUCCGGGUCCAGUGGGAAUUUCAAAUGACAAUAACGAUAUUAAAUCAAGUGUAACUAAUCCUAAUGAAGAAGACUGUCAAAUACUAUCUUAUGAUAAUAAUAAUAAUGUUAUUAAAGCUGAUUGCAGCUCCUCUACUGAACAGUCGAAACGCAAAUCUUUAAAACGUGUGAGAAAGCUUAGUGGUAAUGAUGACGAGUGUUUGACUUGUAAAUAA